UGAGUCCUUCACUCACCGUCCUCCACCAUAGCGCUCGCCCGUCUUUUCUUGUCUGCGUCCAGGCUCGCGCAUUACACUCUCUUUUCUCGUUUUUCUUGUCGUUUUGUCUCUAUGGUUCCAAGGUCGCGCGAACUGUCUGCAGAGCAGAUCGCAAUCCAACAAAGACGGAAAGCGAAGAAACAGAAGCAGACGCAUUUGACUCCUCAAGUCGAUGACAAAGGCAAGAUUAUAGAACGUACUUGGUUGAAAUGCCCUGAAGGGGAUGAUACGCACAAGGGAUUUCGUGUCAAGCUUCUUACCUGGAAUUUAUUGGCACAAUGUCUAAUUCGCCGAGAACUGUUUCCAGUCAGUGACUGUUUGAAGGCAGCUCAACGGGAACAUAUGAUCUAUCGUGAGCUCCUCUCGCAGGGUGCUGAUAUCCUCUGUCUGCAGGAAGUCGAUCGCCUCGAGAAAGUUCUCCCCGUCCUCGAUGCCGCUUCUUACUCUCAUCACUACGCGGCGGGACCCAAAAAAAAGCAUGGCUGUCUCAUUGCCUUCAAAACCAACUUGUACUCCAAGAUUGGUGACCACAAGGUUGAGUAUGAUAAUGAAGAGGUCCGCGAUGAUGUUGAAGGCCCCGGGCGCAAGGGAGCUAGCUUCCGAACAAAAAAUAUUGGAUCCAUUGUCGCUCUGAAGAGUACGACCGAUGAAAAUCACGGUGUCGUCGUAGCUACCACUCAUCUUUUUUGGCACCCAAGAUAUACGUACGAACGCGCAAGACAAGCCGGGAUUCUCAAACGCGAAGUUCUGAGAUUUCGAACGGAACGCGGCUUGCAAAAAUGGCCUUGCAUAAUCGCCGGUGACUUCAAUUUUGCUCCGGACGACGCGGCUUACUCGCUAUUAGUCGGAGACCCGUUACUGUCCGCACAAAAGGAGACGAUAACUAACUCACACGUCGUACACGCCACCAUAGAUCCUACUGUUUCUAUUUCUCCGACCAAAGAUACUACCGAGGAGGAUGAGGCUUCAGACCCAGACAAGGUCAUUACCAAUGCUCGGUCGGCAACACCUACCGACGGACUGCUCUCACCGUCCGAACUCAUCGCUCUGUUCGCUUUGCACAAGCCUUUGCUUAGUGCAUACGGCCAGGGAUUGAGAAAUAUCCGGAGAUCGUCCAUAAAUUCCACCUUCGCUACAUUUGGCGAUAGAAUCACUCUAGAUCCUAUGCGUCUCGGUGCUUAUGAGCCAGAAUGGACGAGUUACACGCAUUACUGGAAAACCGUAUUAGAUUACAUAUUUGUCAUAGAGCCGGAGGAGGGUCGUUCACUCAUUACAGGACUUUUGUCCCCACAUCAGACCGCUGAUUUAGACCCAGGAAUACCAAGGAAAGGAAUAUGCGGAAGUGACCAUGUUUCGCUUUGUGCCCAGAUAGAAUUUGUUCCCAACGUAGAAUCCUAGACCAGUAAACCCGAGAAUUCAUCGCA